CUAAUCUGCAUAUGCAUUGCAGAACUCUAUAAAAGCUGGAGGUUACUCACAUUACUUUCCUGCAUACCUUCAGUCAGCAGAGCUCCUGACACUUCCAGAUUUGAAAGAAUAUUGAUUUUUACAGCAUCUUGUUUUAGCUUUUGCGAACAUGGCAAGCACAGAUCAGAAUACUCUUGUAGCUGUCAACAAAGCGGUUAUGAAUGUCUCCAAAGCUGAAGCAGUAAGGAAAGAAACAGAAUUACUAAUGAAGCCUUAUGCAAACUGGGAACAAUUCCUCAUGCCAGGUCCUUUGACUGUGGCUAUGUUAGGGGAGCUCAUAUUUAUUUCAGCAAAUAAUGAUUUCUCCAUCAAUAAAAAUCCCCCAUCUGGUGGCUUCAAACAUAUUAAGUAUCCUGAAUCAUUUCGGGCCUGCCUAAUGCAGGUGAGUAAUGAAGGUUGGCGUGCAUUCAACGAAGCUCAUAAGAACAUGGACCAGAUCCGGCUUCACUCUCAUAAUGUUCCACAGUAUGUGAAAAAGGUAGUUCAGACAUUAUUCCAAGGCAACAUUGAACUUGUACAGGCACUUUUACCUGCCCAACUAGAGAACAUUAAGACCAUUUCAGAAGAAUGCACAUCAUUAGCAAAAUCUGUUGAAAUGAAGUUCACAUCAGUAAUAUUGCUCGUUCAGGAAAUGCUUGAAGCUAGCUUGAAUGCCAAGAGUAUAUAUGAAAAGGAUCUGGAGGAAGUUAAGAGGUUACUGGAAGAAAGUAAAAUGAAAGAAGAAGCAGCAAAAAAAGCCAAAGAACUCAGUGACAAACAAUUUACAAUGAUGGAAAAAAAUUUAAAAGAUGCCCAGGAGCAGUACAAAACUGCUAUGGAUUCUAUGCCUAGUGGGUGGGAAAUCAUAGGAAUGGCAUUUGUUGAGGGACUGUGUAACACAAUCAACAGCACUUUAGCUGGGCUUGCCUCAAGUGCUACUAAAUAUGCAGACAAUUAUAUGGGAGUUCAGAAAGGAGGUUCUGGAAGCUCUCAACAGCAAACAGGUUCUGGUGGCCAGGCUGCAUUUUCUGCAAAUGACAUAUACGCCAUGUCUUCUUCAAUACUGAAGCUGUCUGAGGGUUUGAGUUUAUUGUUUGAUAAAGAUGUAAUACAGGUUGACAAAUUAUAUGAUAAAAAACGUGAAACGGUGAAUUCCAACUGGGCAAGAAACCAAUUUCAAAAUAUACUUAAAAGAAUUGAGAGAGAAUUUGACUGCAGUCCAAAAUUGACUGCAAGUAAGUUAUGUAAUGCUGGUAUUUAUAUCUGCAAUGAUUUGGAACAUUUAAUACAGAAACAUAAAACUAAUCUAGCAAAUAUUAAAAAUAUGCAGGAGACCAAGGAUGAACUCGCCAAGAUCAUAGAGUUAAAAAAUGAAGCAAUGCAGUUUGAUAGCCAGAGUAAAGCAGUCACAAACAGCUCUGCAGUUUCUCCUCUUCCUCCCAACAUUUCUAAGAGCAAUGAAACGAAUCUCCAAGAAUCAGCUGUAAACGCUGCUCGCUAUAAAGUUGAACAGAGCAAAGAACAACUUAAGAAUGCCCAAGAGAUGUAUGACAAAAGCUUUGAAAGGCUUGAACGAAACAACAAGGAGCUUGUGGAGAUUCUCAGUGUCAUGAGAAGGUGUGAACUCAAGGAAAUAGAUUUUGAUAUGGCUGUGAAGAUGUUGGUCAAGGGUUUAAACGCCAUGGGGCGCCUCAAAGAACAAUGGGAGAAGGUUGUCCGCUUCUUCCAAAUGAUAUCAAACUUGAUCUCUUCCUGUUUCAGCUCUGCCCUCAACAAUUUUGUUAAUGACACAGAGUCAAUUAAGAAUGUGAAAGAUUACAACAUUAAUUCUUUCAUUCGCGAUCUUAUAUAUACACAAGCAUUUAAUGCUUCCAAUAUUGCCAAUCUGGUCAAUAUGAUAUCGAGCACCUACAGUGACGUGUCUAGCAAAUUUCUAAUGGACAAAGUGAGUAGCCUGGGGAAACUUAUAACUUUAGAACCAGGAACCCCAGCUUUUAAUGAAGAAAGGGCAAAACUGGGAGAUGACUGUAACAAAGCAAGCGAAGAUAUUGUUGCAUUAGUUCUAAAAAAUAAGAAAGAAUUUGAAAAGAAUCUACAAGAAAGGGUAAACAAAAUUUCCAGUGAGUUAGAAUCAGUGCUGCCACCCAUUUCAGCAGAAGAGCACAAGAAAAUCAAGGAUACUGUCAAAGCUGGCAUGACAAUUACGGAUGAGGACCAGUUUUUUUAAAAUAUUUUCCAAAUCAGUUGAAGCAGUAAUGUGCUCCCCAUAAAAGGAUAGCAUGUAAGCAGCAACUUGGUGUCUGUUUAGUAUAGAUUAAACAACAAUAUGGAGUAUUGUGAGGCACACAGUGUAGCAGAGUACCCCAGUGUUGUCUGACCAACAAAUGCGCACACCGUAGAGGGUUGCUGCACCUUUAAUAUAGGCUAAGUUAAAAUUGUCAAGCUUUCUAGUAACUUUGUUUUGUUUUGUAUCUUCUUCUGCAAAAUAGUGUGUGUAUCCUUCAGUCUUGUAGAUUAAUGCCAAAUAAAAUGCUCUCUGCCUUUUGCUUUGUCAUUACAGAUGAAUAUAUUAUUAAAAAUUGUGGAAACCCA